UGCAGCUCUAAGCUUCUAUUACUAUUUGGACACGUACGAUCUUGGAACAUCAUGGUAACAUGUUAACAGCUGGCAUUUCACUGUAUAUCUUCACUCCAGACUCGGAUGCCAACGUUAGAUGUCACUCGCUUUGAGCUCCGCAAGAUUAUUCCAUUCACUUGAUCUUCACUUCCAUUCGGCUUCACACUCUCCGCUUAAUGAACAAGGCUAAGCCAGUGGUCUGCAAAUUCUGUGAUGGAUACUACGAUUUCGGCAGUGAUCAGCCAGUUUGCUCGGCCUGUCAUGCAUUCAUUUACGAGUUCUGUUCAGCGUCCAUGACUGAGGGCUUAAUGUUGGACCAAAAGGAAGCUUCGAACGACAGUGGAAAUGAGGAUCCUGAACGCGGAUCCGAUCUCUACUCCUCCACUGACUGGUAUGACGCGUCGGAAUACUUUGAGUCUCCAGCACGAAACGAUUUCUCGGACACAGACAGGGACUUAGUCCGGUCCUACCCGGUCGGUUUGCGACUCCAGCGGCGAUCUUGUCCAUUGCGUCAGCAGCAGCAUACCAUGUUUAGUUCCCCAGGUUUAACUGCUGGAAGCGGCUCCAUUUGUUGUCAUAUGCGCAACGUAAGAUACCAACAUCCUGUAAAGCAGCAGCUGUCAGAGUCAUCUACUCCUUCGUUGGACGAUCUUCCUACCGAAAUUCUUCUACGCAUCUUCCAGUCAUUGGACGACAUUUCUUUAUGGACUUUGCGUCUGGUGUCUUCAAGAUGUCGACAGGUUAUUGACGAAGAAGUUUCAGAGCAGGAUUGGUCGCAUUUUGUCCGGCUUCGUUGGCCCCUUUUCACUCCUCACAAUCGAGUUAGCAGUUGGCGUCAACUUUACCUCAAUUUGAUGGACAGUGUCACGUGUCGAUUCUGUCUUGAGCGCCUUCGUUUUCCCAUUUUAUUUCCGGUUGAAGCCCCAAGUUUGCGUUAUCGUCGUAUUGUUCAUGAAAUCAAAAAUCUGUGCACUGAUCCGCCGUUUGGUAUCCGCGUGCUUGCCUUGGAUACGGAAACCUACUCGCACUGUCUCGCUGGCAUCGAAGGUCCACCACAGUCUCCCUAUCAGGGUGGUCUGUUCCACGUGCACAUUCUGGUGCCGGACAGCUACCCGAUCCGCCCACCUGUGAUUCGUUUUCUCACCCGCAUUCUUCAUCCUAACAUAAGUUUUCAUGGCGAUGUUGGUAUGGAUUGCAUCCAACACAACUGGAGUCUGGCCUUGACACUGGAGAAGUUACUGAUUAGCGUGCAAUCACUUCUGACUGAUCCGUACACCACAGUAUGCAUGGAACCCGUGAUAGGUGCGCUGUACACACAGGACCGCACACGGUUCGAGGAGUUGGCCAAAUUAUGGACAUGGAAAUUCGCCUGUCACGAUUACUUAUCAGUCGAUUUUGUCUCAGCAAUGGUACUGCCCGAUUAUAUUGAGGACAUGCAGCGCCACUGAAGUGCACAAGCACACUAUUCACUCACACACGAUCAUGAGAACACUAGUGCACACACACAGCACACACAGAAAUGGUCCAUUCGCCUUUCAUCUCGUUUUUAAGCCAAUCACUAGCAAGUGUUUGGUUCUCGAUGCUUGGAUUGUGUCGUCUUUCCUACGAAGUGUUAUCAGGUUCUAUAUGAUGCAUUCCAUUCAUGCUGUCGUGGCACUGCAGUCUCAGCUUUUCUGCUAUCGUGAUCGUUCUAGUUGCCACCGAUUUUCACUUUUCUUUUUUAAUUUCUCUACUGCUUCUCUUCUCUCCAACCGGUGAGAAAAAUGCUUUCAUUAUUUUCCCUCUACGCUUCCAUUUCUGUCACUCAUGUACAUAUUAAAGCUUUUAUCUCUUAUUUUGGCUGUUUGUAGUCACGCGAUUAUUUCUCCUGUGGAAUCAUGUUGCAACUAGUGAGAUAAUUUAAUAUUUAACUCUGUCCGUCACAGUCUGCAACAACAAUGG